ACUGCACUCGGAGAAGAAGAUGAUUCCUUUGGGGAAGGAAUAUCUCCGAAGCUCCCUGACAUCAUGUCAAUAGGAUCACAUUCAUUCUCCCCAGGAGGUCCUAAUGGGAUUAUUAGAAGUCAGUCCUUCGCUGGCUUCAGCGGGCUUCAGGAAAGACGGUCCAGGUGCAACUCCUUUAUUGAAAAUUCCUCUGCACUCAAGAAGCCCCAAGCAAAAGUGAAGAAAAUGCAUAAUUUGGGCCAUAAGAACAGCACCACGCCCAAAGAACCCCAGCCUAAAAGGAUGGAAGAGGUCUACCGAGCCCUGAAAAGUGGCCUGGAUGAGUAUCUGGAAGUCCACCAGACAGAGCUGGAUAAGCUGACUACUCAGUUAAAAGACAUGAAAAGAAACUCACGCCUGGGAGUCCUGUACGAUUUAGAUAAGCAAAUCAAAGCAGUUGAGAGAUACAUGAGAAGGCUGGAGUUCCACAUUAGCAAGGUGGAUGAGCUUUAUGAAGCCUAUUGUAUCCAAAGACGUCUCUGUGAUGGUGCCAGCAAAAUGAAGCAAGCUUUUGCAAUGUCUCCUGCCAGCAAAGCAGCUCGAGAGAGUUUGACCGAAAUCAACAGGAGCUACAAGGAGUACACAGAGAACAUGUGUACCAUAGAGGCAGAGCUGGAAAACCUAUUGGGGGAGUUUUGCAUCAAGAUGAAAGGUCUGGCUGGAUUCGCUCGGCUCUGCCCUGGAGAUCAAUAUGAGAUUUUCAUGCGUUACGGUCGUCAGCGCUGGAAACUAAAAGGCAAGAUAGAAGUGAAUGGCAAGCAAAGCUGGGAUGGAGAAGAGAUGGUUUUCCUCCCUCUCAUUGUUGGACUGAUCUCCAUUAAGGUCACAGAAGUUAAAGGGCUUGCUACUCAUAUCCUUGUGGGAAGCGUAACCUGUGAGACAAAAGACCUGUUUGCAGCUCGGCCUCAGGUGGUUGCAGUAGACAUUAAUGACCUUGGCACAGUAAAGCUGAACCUUGAGAUCACCUGGUAUCCCUUUGAUGUUGAAGACUUGACCCCAUCCACAGGAAAUGUGAGCAAGGCAUCUGCUCUCCAGAGGAGAAUGUCCAUGUACAGCCAAGGCACUCCUGAAACACCAACAUUCAAGGACCACUCAUUCUUUUCAAAUUUGCCAGAUGAUGUCUUUGAAAAUGGGACAGCGGCCACUGAGAAGCGGCCUCUCUCCUUCACUUUUGGUGACCUGCCUUAUGAAGACGCCGUGCCCCCUGCCAACUCAGCAGAGUCCUCGUCUGCUCAUGUCAGCUCCAGCCCUGACAUCACUGCGACCCCCGCCCAGCACCGAGCCCUGGAGUCCUCCCAGAGCUCAAGCCUAGACUGUAGCAGCAGCGACUCCCGCAGAGACUCUGUUGCUGAGCCAAAGGACCUGCCGUCCCACGGAGAGGGAGUGGUGGCCGAGAGCAAGAACACCCCAAGGGCAGCUCCUGAAGUUUGCCAAAAGAUCUCUGAUGCUGGGAGCGAUCGUGUCUUUGUAGAAACAAGUGUCCCGGUGUCUCUCCUGCAGGACACGGAUGAAGGUUCAGAACUCAAGCCUGUGGAGCUGGACACCUAUGAGGGCAACAUCACGAAGCAGCUGGUCAAAAGGCUUACAUCAGCAGAGACACCCCUGACCCCAGAGAGGCUGCCGUGUGAGGGAUCCAUUAGUGGGGAAUCAGAAGGAUAUAAGUCUUAUCUCGAUGGAAGCAUUGAGGAAGCCUUGCAAGGGCUUCUCUUAGCUCUUGAGCCACAUAAAGAGCAGUAUAAAGAGUUUCAGGACCUGGAUCAAGAAGUGAUGCAUCUAGAUGACAUCCUAAAAUGCAAGCCAGCAGUAAGCCGAAGCAGGUCCUCCAGUUUAAGUCUAACAGUUGAAAGUGCUUUAGAAAGCUUUGAUUUCCUGAACACCUCUGACUUUGAUGAUGAGGAUGGUGGUGGUGUGGAGGUUUGUAAUGGUGGAGGAGGUGCAGACUCAGUAUUUUCAGAUACUGAGAUUGAGAAGAAUAGUUACAGGACGGAACACCCAGAAGCCAGAGGCCACCUGAGCGAAGCUCUCACCGAGGACACGGGUGUGGGCACCAGCGUGGCUGGCAGCCCUCUGCCCCUGACCACAGGCAACGACAGCCUCGAUAUAACCAUAGUUAAGCACUUGCAGUAUUGCACCCAGCUCAUUCAGCAAAUUGUGUUCUCCAGUAAAACACCGUUUGUGACAAGAGACCUCCUGGAUAAGCUGUCCAGGCAGAUCCUCGUGAUGGAGAAUAUUGCGGAGAUCAGCACUGAGAACUUGGGAAACAUCACCUCUCUUACUGAUGCAAUUCCAGAGUUCCACAAGAAGCUGUCACUGCUGGCUUUCUGGAUGAAAUGUACUGGCCCUUCAGGAGUGUAUCACACCUCUGCAGACAAGAUGAUGAAGCAGUUGGAUAUCAAUUUUGCCACCACUGUGAAUGAGGAGUGUCCAGGACUUGCAGAAACAGUCUUCAGGAUCCUGGUGUCUCAGAUUCUGGACCGGACGGAGCCUGUCCUCUACUCCAGCAUGUCCUCCGAGACCAUUACUGUCUUUCAGUAUUACAACUACUUUGCCAGCCACAGUGUCAAUGACCUUGGAAGCUAUUUGCUGCAGCUUGCAAAAGAAGCAUCUGUGGUUCAGGUGCUGCAGUCAGUGAAAGACGGAAAACUGCAGCAAAAUGUGUCCAAAAUAAACUCCAAUAACCUUCCACCACAGCAGGAAGUUUUAAGAGCUUUGGCUUUACUUCUCAAUGAAAAUAAAAAUGAAGUCAGUGAGACUGUGGCAUCACUUCUGACAGCAACUGCAGAAAACAGGCACUUCAGGGAGAAGGCCUUGAUUUAUUACUGUGAAGCACUAACCCAGCCCAACCUCCAGCUGCAGAAAGCAGCCUGCUUGGCUCUAAGAUACCUCAAGGCUACUGAGAGCAUUAAAAUGCUGGUCACACUCUGCCAGUCUGACAAUGAAGAGAUCAGAAAAGUGGCGUCUGAAACCCUGCUCUCCCUUGGUGAAGAUGGGAGACUGGCAUAUGAACAGCUGGACAAAUUUCCCCGGGAAUUUGUUAAAGUUGGAAGCCGCCGUGGAACUGAAGCUGCCACAGCUUUUUAGAUGGAAAAGAACCUGCUAAUAUUUAACAGGCAUUAAAGUAGGAUGGAGCUGCACUUCAGUGUGGGAACAAAAGGAAGACUUUAAAGAAUUUUAUGAGAAUGUUCCAAAAUGUAGCCAUUUACAGACUUCUUUAACAAAAGCAAAAUCUAAAAUCCAGCUUAAGGAUUCCUACUGGCUCCUUGUUGCAGCUCAUGAUGGAACAGUUGGAUGCUGAGGAACAAUACUUUCUUGACUGAUUCUAAACAAGUAAUGUAAUUGCAGUUAUUCAGCCUCAAUAGACUUCUGUGAGGUUUUUAGAAUUUGGCAUCUCCAUAUAUUUUCCUAUUACACUUACUUCCUUGAAGUUGUUGUGAAAACUUGAGACGUGUGAUACCAUAUCUAACAAGGACACUCAGGAGGCCACCUGAAAAGGCAUGCAAAGAAAUUUUCCCUUGAAUCCCAAAUGAAGUGUCUGCUGCCAUGCAGUGUCCCCAGCAACACUUCAGUGGCAGGAAACACUGCUCAGCUUUCUCAGUUGUGUCUUGGUAAUGAAAUACAGGGAAAGUUCUACAAGUUUUGCCUGGAGAAACAGCGUGAUGUAAACCCUGGGAGGCGUCAUUUUGGUGACUCAUUCUAAAUGCCUCCACUUGUCUUUUAUUCCCUUCUCUUGCCCUCCAGCAGCAAACCAUCAUUAAUCCAGCAAUUUCUGAGAGGGAUCAAACAAUCAUGUAGGUUUCUGAAAGCUAAAUGAAAAGGUAAAGUGCAUUUAUUUAUUCUGAGAAGAAGGAGUGAAUACUGCUAAUUGCACGAGUCCCCAAAACCAUUUUGUCCUGCAAAAUGUUUGCAGGCAGGAUUGGAUUUUGUACAUUCUAAUUAGAGGAGCAUAGUUUCUAUAGAGUGAUUUCAAUAUAAAGAACAGAACAAGCUCAAGUGCACCUCGGAGGCACUAAUAAACAGAGGGGGAAGUGAAUGUACCUCCCCUCCCUGCACUGCAAGGUUGAAAGCGAGUGCUUCAAACUGUUGAUUACAAGCCUUAAGUUAACAGAGAUGAAUAGAAUUUAACAGAAGAGUGUUCCUGUACUGUGUUCAUUAUGCAUGAAAUGCUAUUUAGAUGUCAAUUGAAGUAUCCAAAUUUGCAUAGAAAAUAUUGCAAACAGUUCACAUCAAGAGGAAACCUUGUGAGCCAGACACUUUGGCAGGCAGGGGUCAUUUGUUUUGGUUUUUUUAACUGUGAAUGUUACAAGAAUGUACAUAUCUGUAUAUUUAUAAAUAUAUAUAUUCUUCCUUUAAUUAAAGAAGUACAUUUUGUACAGUGCAAAAUGCUUACUUGUUUACUGAGGGAUAUAAACUCUUUUUGCAGAAGGUGAAAUAGCCAUGUUAUGGUUUUUAUAUUACACCUGUCCCAUCAGUUGAAUUCUUUCAAGGUGUCCUUUUGUAUCUACUUUUUUUUUUUUUUUUUUAGUUUUGUGGCAUUUGUACUCACCAUAUUUCCUAUCACAUUUAAGUUAUAAUAAAGAUUAUUUUUAAUUACUAAGUA